GAAGUCGUAAUGUUAUACUCAACGGUAAAUGGUGGCCAAUUAGGUUUUAGUGAUGCUACUUUUAUUUUGAAAGGUCGUAACGGGAAGCGGUCGGUGUGUCGCGUUUACCCAACUGUAUCAAAGUGAGGGGGAAACGAGCGCUGUGCGCCUACUUGAGCGAACACUGAAGGAGAGAGGGGAGCUCGAACAAGAAGCGACCGGGUUGUGUUGCGCCGACUGACAUGUCUCAACACAAGCGCUGAGUGUGGCUCGGGAAUAACCGUGUUUACCCCAGCCGCCACACACCCCGAACGGCGCUAGUUUAGGCGGCCACGCCCCGCAAGCCAGCGACCGGAGAGCCCCCAGUCCCCGAAAGUCAACUGCUGGCGGCGAGGAAGCGAGGCUGCUCUCUCGGGGAACCAUGAGGGAGUACAAAGUGGUGGUCCUCGGCUCCGGAGGCGUCGGCAAAUCCGCCCUGACCGUGCAGUUCGUGACGGGGUCCUUCAUCGAGAAGUACGACCCCACGAUAGAGGAUUUCUAUCGGAAGGAGAUCGAGGUGGACUCCUCGCCGUCCGUGCUGGAGAUCCUGGACACGGCCGGCACCGAGCAGUUCGCCUCUAUGCGAGACUUGUACAUCAAAAACGGCCAGGGCUUCAUCCUGGUCUACAGCCUGGUCAACCAGCAGAGCUUCCAGGACAUCAAGCCCAUGCGGGAUCAGAUCAUUCGAGUGAAACGGUACGAGAGGGUGCCCAUGAUCCUGGUGGGCAACAAAGUGGACCUGGAAGGGGAACGGGAGGUGUCGUCAGGCGAGGGCAAGGCGCUGGCGGACGACUGGAACUGUCCCUUCAUGGAGACCUCGGCUAAGAACAAGACCUCUGUGGACGAGCUGUUCGCCGAGAUAGUCCGCCAGAUGAACUAUGCGUCCACCCCGAAUGGCGACGACCAGUGUUGUUCGUCUUGUGUCAUCCUGUAAAGGAAACUUCGGCUCAUUGAUCGCUUGUUUGUUUUUGUUUUGCAAUGUGUGUUGCAGCAAGUGUGUCUUCUUGGCAUCACUGCCUUGCCUCAGAGGAAAAAUGAAGAGGAAUGCUGCAGGGGAACAAGAGGAAGAAAAGGAGAGAAGCAACUGAGGUGGAGGGCAGGGCUCCAUCCACUCUUCAGGAAUUCUGCUGUGUCGGAGAGUCUUUGUGGCAUGGUCCGUGCCCACAGUUGAGGUCUGAUCCCACCGGUGCAAGGCCACCCGGGUACUCUAAUUCCUCCUUCAUGGAAACGACACGGAGAACAUUCAAAUGACAUUUGGGAAGAGAGACUCUGAAAGUAUAUUUUGUUCAUAACCGCACUCAAUCCUGGACGGGUACAAACCUAGUGGUUCUUUUUAUUUUUUUUUGUUCCAAAGUCUAACAAGUUGGUGGUGGAAUAGCGCAACAACUUUUUUUUUUGGCAGGGUGGCAAGGAGAUCACAGCAAACUUGACAUGAGGCCCACCGCCUCGUGUCCAAUGCCUUUUUUGUCCUCCCUCCCCAACACAGCUGUUCACGUUUAGUGCCGACACACCUCAGCGUGGCAACACAGGUGUUCUGUUCAAAGAAUGGUGCUUUUCUCAUUUGCCUCCCCCCCGGUCCUCCACAGCGUUUAGCGCUGCGACCAGUCUUGAAACGCACAGGUACUGGAAACAUUACGACAAUGGCACCGAACCGCUUCCAGACCUCUUCAAUCAAUGUUUUAUUUUGUAGGGCAAGUGACAAUGAUGAUGCUGUACAUGGUGUUGACAAAUCUAAUCCUGAUUGUAAAUUGAAUUUCAGACCAGCCUUUUAACUGUGGGUAGUCUGUUUUUAAAAAAAAAAACUUUUAAUACAGAUGGCAUUUUUUUAAAAACAAAAAAUACCAGGCUGUGUUCUCUUUUUUUCUUCAUUUCUGUUAUAUUUUUAACCGUCAUGUCCAAAAUGACUGUUAACCUCCAAUUUGUUAACAUUUUCAAACAAUAGAAAUGAGCAUGGUCCAAUUAUCGCAAUCAAAAUUUUAUUAGCCGUAAUGGCUACAUGUUUUAAGCAGUAUUAUUAACUGUCAUACAGGUUUAAAAAGUUAAUCACUACAGGUGGUCCUCGGUUUAUGAUGGUCCCAACGUACGACAUUUCCAGGUUAUGAGAGACUAUUAAAUACUAAUUUACUGGGUGGUGUAUGAGUUAACAUCAUGCUGUUUUUCAUUUCAUAGGCCAUACUGUAAAGAUAAAACUGUGUUGCAUGAAAAUAAUUUGUAAUUAUGACUUCAUUGAGUUAUCACAGGUUAGCUAUGACACGUUCCUACUUGUGUACCAAUUUGAAUUACGUCGUAAUCCGAGGACUACCUGUAUAUUAGAAUUUAAAAAAAAUCUUGUACUUUUAUUAAAAAGUGACUAUCCGCACAAUCACCUUCUUACCUAACAGUUUAGAAUGGUCCUUCUUAUGGGAAAGUGUAAAAAAUAUAAAGUGCCUAAUAAAAAGCAAAACAUGCAAAGUUAA